UUCUUUCUUAGCAGCGCGCUGGGAGAGGGAGCUCCGGGACGCGCGGCAGCGGCCACCGCAGCUGGGCCAUGGCAGACUACUCAACGGUCCCCCCUCCGGCCUCGGGCUCGGGCGGCGGCGGUGGCGGUGGCGGCGUCAAUGACGCCUUUAAGGACGCGCUGCAGCGAGCGCGGCAGAUUGCAGCCAAAAUUGGAGGUGAUGCAGGCACGUCACUGAAUUCAAAUGACUAUGGUUAUGGGGGACAGAAAAGGCCUUUGGAGGAUGGAGAUGGCUCUUGGACAAGUCCGAGCAGUACAACACACUGGGAGGGAAUGCCCUCUCCUUUUAAAGAUCAGCCAGACGCUAAGAAGGUCGCUCCUCAGAAUGAUGCCUUUGGAACCCAGUUACCGCCAAUGCAUCAGCAACAAAGGUCAGUAAUGACAGAAGAGUACAAAGUUCCGGAUGGAAUGGUUGGAUUCAUAAUCGGCAGAGGAGGUGAGCAGAUUUCACGCAUACAACAGGAGUCUGGAUGCAAAAUACAAAUCGCUCCUGACAGUGGUGGCCUGCCCGAAAGGUCUUGUAUGUUAACCGGAACCCCUGAAUCUGUUCAGUCAGCCAAGCGGUUACUUGACCAGAUUGUUGAGAAGGGAAGGCCAGCCCCCGGCUUUCAUCAUGGGGAUGGACCAGGCAAUGCAGUUCAAGAAAUCAUGAUCCCAGCCAGCAAGGCUGGCCUAGUUAUUGGAAAAGGCGGCGAGACUAUUAAGCAGCUUCAGGAACGAGCUGGUGUUAAAAUGGUGAUGAUUCAGGAUGGGCCUCAAAACACUGGUGCUGACAAGCCUCUGAGGAUCACAGGCGACCCUUACAAAGUCCAGCAAGCUAAGGAAAUGGUUUUGGAGUUAAUCCGUGAUCAAGGUGGUUUCAGAGAGGUGCGCAAUGAAUAUGGGUCGAGAAUAGGAGGAAAUGAAGGCAUAGAUGUCCCUAUACCGAGAUUUGCUGUGGGGAUUGUGAUCGGCAGAAACGGCGAGAUGAUCAAAAAGAUUCAGAAUGACGCUGGUGUUCGGAUCCAAUUCAAGCCAGAUGAUGGGACUACCCCAGAUCGAAUAGCCCAGAUCACAGGCCCUCCAGACAGGUGUCAGCAUGCAGCAGAGAUUAUCACUGACCUCCUUCGAAGCAUUCAGGCUGGUAACCCUGGUGGACCAGGACCUGGCGGUCGAGGCAGAGGCCGAGGCCAAGGCAACUGGAGCAUGGGGCCACCCGGCGGGCUGCAGGAAUUUAACUUCAUCGUUCCAACUGGGAAAACUGGAUUAAUCAUCGGAAAAGGUGGAGAAACUAUCAAAAGCAUAAGCCAACAGUCCGGUGCUAGGAUAGAACUGCAGAGGAACCCUCCUCCGAAUGCAGACCCCAACAUGAAGUUAUUCACAAUACGGGGAACUCCACAGCAGAUCGAUUAUGCGAGGCAGCUCAUAGAGGAGAAGAUUGGUGGUCCAGUCAAUCCCUUAGGUCCACCUGUUCCCCAUGGGCCUCAUGGUGUGCCAGGCCCUCAUGGGCCUCCAGGGCCUCCGGGGCCUGGAAAUCCAAUGGGGCCCUACAAUCCUGCGCCUUAUAAUCCAGGACCACCAGGCCCUGCUCCUCAUGGUCCUCCAGCUCCGUAUGCUCCCCAAGGGUGGGGAAAUGCCUAUCCCCAUUGGCAGCAGCAGAACCCACCUGAUCCAGCAAAAACAGGUACAGACCCAAAUUCUGCAGCUUGGGCUGCUUAUUAUGCUCAUUAUUAUCAGCAGCAAGCACAGCCACCGCCUGCAGCUCCAACAGGUGCACCAACUACAACUCAAACUAAUGGACAAGGAGAUCAGCAAAAUCCAGCUCCAACUGGACAGGUUGAUUAUACCAAGGCUUGGGAAGAGUACUACAAGAAAAUGGGUCAACAAGGGCAGACACAGGAUUAUUCAAAGGCUUGGGAGGAAUAUUACAAGAAGCAAGGUCAAGCUGUUCCCGCUCCCACUGGGGCGCCCCCGGGUGGCCAGCCUGAUUACAGUGCGGCCUGGGCUGAGUACUACCGACAGCAGGCCGCAUACUAUGCGCAGACCAGCCCCCAAGGGAUGCCGCAGCACCCACCAGCCCCACAGGGCCAAUAAUAAGAAGUGGACAAUACAGUAUUUGCUUCAUUGUGUGGGGGAAAAAAACCUUUGUUAAAUGUAUGGAUGCAGACGCCUUGAUGAAGAUCUUAAUUUUGUUUUGGUUUAAAAAAAAUAGUGUUUUUUGAAAAUGUACAAAAUAUCUAUCACUACUGAUAGGAGGUAAUAUUUCUGUGUAGAAAUGAACAUUGGUUUGUUUUUAGUAUCUUAGUGUAGAUGUACACAUUCCAGCAAAUGUAUUUGCAACUAUUAUGUGGUCAAUGCUUUGUGAUAUAAAUGUACUUUUUCAAUGUAUACUUUCACUUUUAAAAUGCCUGUUUUGUGCUUUACAAUAAAUAAUAUGAAACCUCCUGUGUCGGUAAGUUGGAUAUGUGGGUAUGUCAAGGAUUCCGAAUUGUUUAGCAGUGAUGGAUUAAGAUCCAGGUACACAAAGAGAAACUUUCCCCUUGAAAUCUGAAUAGAGCUUUGAACCUUGAAGUCACCGGCAUGUUCUUUUUUCCCCCUUUGCAGUUUAGUGGUAGUUGGAGGAUCUUUCCCACUUGGUCUAGAUGACUGUUGAUCCCAAGUCAUCUGGAGAUCUCGGUUUUCCUUCUGUUGGACUUUUAAGAAUUGCAUGUGUAGGAUGACCUUACAGCAUUUCCUUUGACAUAUGACCGCUGUUUCAGGCCUGGGCCGCUGCUAUAAACAACAGUUAACCUUUCUGUUCUUAAUUGAUAAUUACUUGGUUACCAAGACUGUUUGAGCAUAAAUGAUUUUCAGCAUUUUUCAGAGAGCAAAUAUGACCUAGCAUUUUUCUUUGUAAAGCCUGUCUUCUGAGGACGCCUUUUAGCUAGCCUAACCGCUUCUGUCAUUGAAACCUGAGGUUAGAGCCAUUUUUUUUAAGUAUGGAUAAGCUUUGUUUUGUAAAUGCACAAGUCCAGUCAUUGAACCAACUAAUUUUUUGAUGUACUUGAAUCCUUUUCUUACUCUUUAACAUUUGUGCUGCAAUUCUGAUAUUUGGUUGAAAUCCAUUGUUUUGCUCUUUGCAUAUUUGUUGGCUCUUUGCAUAUUAAUCUAUUAGACAACAUGCAAAUACAGUCUGUCUUGCCAUUGUCUGUUGAAGCGCAGGUUUGACCAUCCAGUAUAGGACUAGCUCUGUAGGGGUGAGGAGGCCUGGGCUGUCUGUCUGUCAUCCUUGAUUGUGUUCCUUCAAGGAGCAUGGCACUGUAAGUACAUCAGAAUGACAAAUGGCUGUCAAAUGUUCCACAUAAUGCAUAUGCCGUACCUUGUGUGACUAUUAUGUUGGAAUACAGUGCUGAGAACUUGGGGGAUCCUAACUUGCCUCUUCAUUGAAAGCAGAUGACAUAGGCUGUAUGUCUAUAACUAUAUCUAUCAAUAUCUAUAUAUCUAUUAUUUUUUUUAAUGUGAGCUUAAUGGGUAAGUAUU